AUGAGCACCAUGGUUGAAAGUAAAAUGGGAAUGCAAGGGGAAAAUGAUAAUCAAUGUAACAGUAAUAAUGAUCUAAAUAAAGAGAGUACUAAAAAUGAUGUUAAUAUAAAUGAGAAUAACACAAAUAUAAACCCUGAUAAUGAUAAUAAUAAUAAUGCAAACAAAGCCAAUACAAAUAAUGAUAACAAUGAUGAUGAAAAGAAAGAAAAAGAGGAAAAUAAAAGUAGUAACCGAUGGGCUGAUAUGUGUGAAGAUUUUGAUUCACCAUUAGUUGACACCUAUAAUGAUGAUAAUGCCAUGAAAAAUAAAACGCUGGAUAAUAAUUAUAGCAAUGGUGACGUUAAUAAUCCCAAGCCAAAUUAUUUUAUUCCUUCGAAAAAUGAUAUGAAUAACUACUCAAAUAUCUACGAAAUAUACGUCCGAAAUCUUCACAUAGAUAUCACAAAAGAAGAGAUCUACACUAUGUUCGAAGGAUACCGAAUAAAAAGAAUUAAUAUUUUGAACAAAAAAGGGAAAACAGCAGCAGCUUAUAUCGAAUUUGACAACGCAGAAGAUAUGAACAGGUCAUUGGAAUUAAAUGGAAAAAUGCUUUAUUCAGGAAAUAAUACAUUUGAACAUGGUACAAUUUCAGUUAUAAUUAACAAGGAUAAAACAAAAGCUUUUAAUUUAAAUCAAAAACAAAAUAAAUUUAAGAAAACGACAAAUAGAAAUAACAAUUUUGGUAAUGUGAGACAAGGCAAUAAUAUUAUGAACAAUUAUAAUAAUAAUAAUAACAAUGCAAAUAAUAAUGGUAAUAAUAAUAUGAACGGUAAUAAUAUGUUUUCGUUAAAUAACAAUUCAUUUUUUAACGAUAACAAUAAUAAUAAUAAUAUGAGAAUGGGAAUGAAAGGAGGAAAUGAUAAUUUGAAUUCAAGUUUUAGUUACAAUAAUAUGAAAUCAAAUUACAUGAAUAAUCAACAAGGGAUAAAUAAUAUGAACCAGUCAAAUAACAACAUGCACAGUCAGAACGAUAACAAAAAUUCGAAUUCUAAUUUUGCCUUUAAAAAUAUGAAUUAUCAAAAUAAAAAUGCAAAUGCAAAUGUAAAUGCGAAUGCGAAUGCGAAUGCAAAUGCGAAUGCUGAUAACACAACUGCUACACCUGAACAACGAAAAAAAUUAGUUUUAAAAAAAAGAACAGUUCCUUUGGAUCAAAAUAGCUAUAUUGCCAAUCCGAACAUUUUUGGGGAAGCAAAACCCGUUGAUACUAACCCAGAUAAAAUUAUAAGUGAGAGUAUAUCAAAAGAAAAAGAUAACAAUAGUGGAGAUGAAAAUAAUAAUAGUAAUGAACUAAAAAUUGAAAAUCAAGAAGAAGAAGAAUCUGGAAUGAAAAUGAACAAUGAAAAUAGAAAAGGGAUGAUAAGAUCUAAUUCGAAUAAAAAUGUUUUUAAUUAUAAAAAAAAUAAUAAUUUAAAUAAAAAUUCUAAUUAUAAUAAUUUAAAUAAAAACAAUGGAAAUAGUAAUAAUGGAAAAAAUAGUAGUGCUUCAAAAAAAAAUAUAUUUAUGUCAAAUAAAAAUAAUUCAGGAAAUAAUACUAAUAUUAAUAUGAAAAAUAAUAUGAACAAUUUAGAUAAUUCUACAAAUCUUAGUGGAAAUAUAAAUUCGAUCGGAUCUGAUACUAAUAUGAAAAGAAUGAAUAUGAAUAAAGGCUUUAAAAAUUUAGAUAUAAAUAAUAAUGCACAUGAAAAUAAAGGAUACAAUUCGAAUGUUGAUGCAGAAGCAAAUCUAAAAUCGAGCUAUAACAAAAGUUUAAACUAUAUGAACAGUUAUAAUGAUAGCAAUGGUAAUAGCAAUGGUAAUAGCAAUGGUAAUAAUAGCAAAAAUGCGUUUUCUACAUUGCGAAACAAUUUAAAGUCAGAUAAAAAAAAUGAAGACGGAUUACAUCUAACCAAAUCAAAAGAUUUAAAUAUUAUUAAAAAAGAUGAUAAAGCUAAUAUAAAAAAUAUAAUUAUGAAAAACAUAAAACGUGAAGAUGGAAACAAUAAAAAUAGUUCUAACAUAAGAAACCAUUCAAUAAUUUCAAGUGCAUAUAAAAAUAGUAGUAGUAAUAAUGAAGAUGGACAAAAUAAUAUGAAAUUUUCCAAAAAUUAUAAUAAAUUUGGUUCAGAUAAUGAAACAAUAAAUAAAGAUAAUCAUAAUUUAAGAAAGGGUAAUGAAAAUAAUUCGAAAAAAAAUGAAGAUGGUUUUGAAAACAUGAAUAGAAAUAUAAUAAAAGGGUCAGGAGAUGGAAAUAAUUACAAUAAAAAUUCAAAUUCUUAUAAUUAUAAUAUCGAAAAUUUAUAUGAUAAUUCUUUAAAAUAUGUAAAAAAUUCGAAUAAUUCAAAUAAAGCAAAAAAACUAACUUCGGUUAAAACAGUUAAGGUUAUCACAACAGAAAAAAAAAAUGAAGAAGAACAUAAUAAAGUAUUUGAUUCUAAAGAUAAAAAUAAAGAUGAUAUAAAUAAUGAUAUAGGAAAUGGUAAUAGUAAUUAUGGUAAUAAUAAUGAAUCCAAUUCUAAUAAUAAAUAUUAUGAACAUGAUAAUAAAAAAAUAGAUAAUAAUUAUGAUGAUUCAUAUAGAAGUAAUAAUGAUAAUUAUACAUAUGAAAGUGAAAGUUCAGAAAAUGCUAAAGAUAUUACUAGUAAAAAUUUGAAAUCAACAUUAUUGCAAAAUAAGACAAAAAAAAAAACAAAAAAAAAAAUUAAUAACAAUGAUAAAGAAGAAAAUAGUAAUAGCAAUAAUAAUAAUAAUAAUAAUAAUAAUAGCAAUGUAGGUGAUGAAAAUAAUACACAAAAAAAUGCAAAAACUCAAAAAAUUGAUAUUUUAAUUAAGCCAAAUUUGAAAAAAGGAGAAAAUAUUUGGGAAGCCCGAACAAACUUAUUAGGAGAACACAAUGAAAAUAAUAAUAUCAUAGAUAAUGAUAAACAUUCUUGUUCACAUUCUAGAAGAAGUCGUUCCCAUUCAAAUAAACUAAGCAGAGCGAGUAGCAAACGUCGCGAUUCAAGUGUUAGGAGAAGAGAUAGAUACAGUAGGAAAUAUGAUAGAAGAGAAAAUAGAAGAGAUGAAAAAAAAUCUGACCGAAAAGAUGAAAGACGACACAGUAGAAGAGAUCGAAGUAGAAGAGGUGAAAGCAGAAGAGGCGAAAGUAGAAGAGGUGAAAGCCGAAGAAGUGAAAGAAAAGAUGAUAAAAAAGAUGAUAGAGAUGAUAGAGAUGGCAGAGAUGAAAGAGAUGAUGAAAGCAGAAUGGGCGAAAGCAGAAGAGGUGAAAGUCGAAGAGGUGAAAGCCGAAGAGGAGAUAGAGAUGAACAUAGAAGAAAUUAUGAAAAAAGAAGUAGCAGAAGUAAUAAUUAUGAAAAAAGAAGAAGUAGUAAAUAUGAAUCAGUAGAUAAAAAAACUUAUGAUAGUAAAGAAUAUAAUUCAUCAGAUGAUAAAAAAAAACAUCGAGAUUCUAAUGAUAAAAUAAGUUAUAAAGAAACAUAUGAUAGAUUAAGUUAUAAUGAAAAUUAUGAAAAAAAUGGAAAAGAUAAUAACUAUAGAGAUAGUUAUCAUAGAAAUAAUAAUUAUAUAGAUUAUGAAAAAAUGGAUAAUAAAUAUUUUUCUAAUAAUUAUAAUUCUAUUAGACAUAAAAAUUAUAAUAAUGGAAAUAAACAUCAUAAUUUUCAUUCUAAAAUUAAUAAUUAUAGUUAUUCAAAUAAUUAUAAAUCUUCAAAUUAUUAUAAUAAUAAAUAUCCAUCAAAAAACAGUUCAUAUUAUAAAAGUACAAAAGGUCAAUUAAAAAUAAAUGAAAAAGAAAAAUCAGAAUCUAAAUCUGAAAUUCAAGUUAUUCCUAAAAAAGCUAUUGUUUCAACUGUUAAAACAAAUAAUGUUUCGAUAAAAAAAAAUCGAUAUGAAUGUUUGGAUGAUGGUGAUGAAAGCGAUAAAUAA